UGCAGGUUCCUCAGCCUAAAUCCAGUCAGGCAAGAAAAGAAGCAGCUGCUGCCCAACAUUAUUUCUUCAUGGGAAAACUCCAAAUGAGUCGGGGCACCCAGGCAGGGCUGGGUGAGACUGGGGCAGGAUGGCAGCAGAUGAGUGGUUAGAGAGUCGCGUCUGAGACCUUGGGGAUCCCUGGCUGGGUUAACUUUGCUCACAGUAUUCCCCAGACUUCUGAAAACAGAGGAAAUCAGCAAAUGAGUGAUGAUGGAUGUAAGGGUGAUAUACUGCCUGCUUUUUUGGGCUGCACAUUUCUUCAUGGCUGUGCCAUACACCACUCCCAGGGUUCUUGGUAACGAAUCAAAGACUGGUUAUGAGCAAGAUGCCUGUGUAAAUCUCAUUCCCUGCCAAGAUAAUGGAGCAAUUUGUAUUCAGCCUUGCUCUCCCUCCUUCCAUGGGGAGACAAGCUUUGUCUGUGAGGACAGAAAGUGGCAGAUGCUGUCAGAUGCUUGUGCAAGCCUGGAUGUUCAGUCCCUUUUUCAGAGGAUAUCCCAAAGUGAACUCCCAUGCUCUGGAGGACAUCUUCCUUUUUUAGGAGGAGGAAAGCUAGGGCCUGGGAAACUUGGAGAUGGAGCAAAACAUUUUGGUGCUGGGAAUCAUAGCUGCCAAGCUGAUUUUUCAUGCAUCAUCCCAGAUAUCCUGUCUUCACCAGCCAUCCCAGGAAACAUUGCUGAUAUAGUGGAAUUGCUAAAGAAGAUUUCCCUGCUGCUAUCAGAGAAUGUCACUAGAGGAAAAAUGCAGAGCUACAGCAGGAUAGCAAACCAUAUUCUGAAUAGCUCCAUCAUUUCCAACUGGGCUUUUGUGAAGGACAGAAAUGCUGGUUCAAUAUUACUGGACUCGGUGAAUUUAUUUGCUGGGAAACUUCUUCUAAGGAAUGGGUCAGAAAGUAUCCAGGAGCCCUUCAUCGCCACCAAAGGCUACAGCAUACACCGAAACACUUCAGGAAAGAGCUUUGACUUUUCCAUGGAGUUCAACAGCACAGGCAAUAUUACUGGCCACGUGGUGAUUCCAGAGCAGGAGCUGCUGAGGUUGCCCAGGGCUUCCAAAGCCAUCAGCGUUGCAUUUCCAACGCUCGGAGCCAUCCUGGAGACGAACCGGCCGGACCCCGCUGUUGUGAACGGGAUGGUGCUGUCGGUGUCGCUGCCAGAGGAGCUCCAGAGCGUUUUGCUCACCUUUGAGAAGCUGAACAAGCUGGAGCAGGUGGGGGCUCAGUGCGUGGGGUGGCACUCGGCCGAGCGGCGCUGGGACCCGCGGGUGUGCCAGGUGCGCGCGCACAACGCCAGCGCCGUGGUUUGUGUCUGCGCCCACCGGCGCCGCACCUACGGAGCCUUCUCCAUCCUGAUGGCCCCGGCCGUGCCACGGAGCUCCCUGCUGGACUACAUCACACGGGUGGGCCUGGGGCUGUCCCUUCUCAGCCUGGUCAUUUGCCUCGUCAUCGAGGCCGUAGUGUGGCAGCACGUCACCAAAACUGAAAUCACCUACAUGCGCCACUUCUGCUUGGUCAACAUCGCUGCCUCACUUCUUGUCGCUGAUGUCCUGUUCAUCCUGGCAGCCAUUGUGCACAAUGCAGCCCUGAACUACCAGCUGUGUGUGGCAGCCACUUUUUUCCUUCACUUUUUCUAUCUUGCCCUGUUUUUUUGGAUGUUUACCCUGGGCCUCUUAAUUCUCUAUGGAUUAUUAUUAAUUUUUUUUAAGAUAACAAGAACUGUGUUCUUAGUUGCAGCAUUCUCUAUUGGAUAUGGAUGUCCCUUGGUCAUAUCUGUCCUCACUGUUGCUAUUACUGAACCAAAAAAUGGGUAUUUAAGGAGUGGAGCUUGCUGGCUCAAUUGGUAUGAGACAAAAGCGCUUUUGGCUUUUGUUGUACCAGCCCUAAGCAUCAUUGUGAUGAAUCUCAUUGUGGUGGUCGUGGUUGUGGUGAAGACUGGGAGAUCCUCCCUUGGAGAAGGCUGCAAGUCACAAGAUUUGAGCAGCAUGAUCCGAGUCAGCAAAAACGUUGCCCUUCUGACACCUCUGCUGGGCCUCACCUGGGGCUUUGGCUUAGCCACAAUCAUCGACAGCCGCUCUCUGGCCUUCCACGUCGUGUUUGCGCUGCUGAACGCCUUCCAGGGAUUCUUCAUCCUGUUGUUUGGGACACUUCUGGACAGAAAGACAAGAGAAGCAUUAAGGAUGAACUGCUUUUCAUCAAGGCGGAAGUGGGGUCUAGAAAAGGUAAAGGCUAUUUAUUUUCCUGUUAAUGGCUAAUUUACCAACUUACAAACCUGAUUUGUAUGUUGGAAGAAUGGAACCAUCCACUACAUCUUACACCAUGUAACAUUUUUCAAAUGUAAAUUCUUGCUGAAGGACAUACAGGUAUCUCAAAAGUCUGCUCAGGAUAUUAAGGUUCUAAAGAUCAGAGGUGGCAAUUGAUAGAUUUUUGUGACUCUUUCAUUACCUACUGCUGUGGUUACAAGUUAAAAGUGGUAUUUUUAACCAAUCUCUUCACCUGCAGAUGUCAAAGCCCUUUUGGUAGACAGUCAUAGUAAAUUUUUUCCUCAUAUUAGAUUUACUUUAAGGUCACUGAAUAACGAAGGAACAGAAUUAGGAAUCAGAAAUCCCAAUAUAAUGACCUGUUUGCUGCCUUCACAAAAAUAUGGAUCUGUAUGUCAGCAGGGCUGCUUUAGGAUGUCAGAGGAUUGUUCUGCUUUUAUCUGAGGGAUGGAAACCACUCAGAGCCCAGCCAAUGUCUUUGGUGCUAAUUGAUGUGCACUCAUGAGAGCUUGAGGUUCUUCCAGAUAUCAUAACAAUUCAUUAAAGCAAUUCAACUUUAAGGAAACAAACUGUGUUUUACUAGCUUCCUAAAAAACUUUGGCAGAACUGAAAUGUUGACAUCACUCAGCUGGUGUUUCUUAUCUCUACAAGAAAACUUUUGUCUGUUGUCUUUAGAUUUCUUUUGGUACCAAGUCUUAGUGGUUUCACACAGUGUCUCAAGAAUUACCUGCAGUGUUUUGCUGUCUGCCAAAAGAAACUGUGCCAGUACAGUUUGGACAUGGGAAAAAUAAUUUUUUUGCUUUUUCUCCAGUCUAUUACUCAGUUAUGAUCCUUGUAUUGAAAGCUGCAGAGGUUCUUCCAGUGACUCUGUGUUCAAAUGUUUAUGUGGUUUAUGAGGGGAAAAUAGAGGGGUUAAGGCAACUGUUCCUCCUCUCUGAAAUGGGUCAUUUGGGGCAGGAGAGACUGUGCAACUUUGAGAUUACAGUUCUUUUAUAGAUCCAGGAAGAUCCAAUAAAGAUGUUUCACAUCUUGUCAGGCGUUAGGUCAGGAUUGAAAAUUUGAAAGAUAAAAUUCUCUCAAGACACCAUCAGUAUAAUAGUCUGGAAACAAUAGAUGGAAAUGUCACUAAUCCCAUGACUCAGCAACAUUUGAUAAAAAUAUUGAGUGAUCUCACCGGGCAAAACUUGAUGUGGAAACUAUGGCUAUGUGUGCCUGGGAAUUUCGGUUGAUGUUGUCACCACGUGUAGGUGUUUAUUGUGGCAUAACAGAGGGGAAAGGUGUGAGUCAUCCACUUUUGUAAACUUGGGUGUAAACAUGGAGUUUGACUCAUUAGACCUGGAGAAGUUUGUCACACCUGAGAUGAUUGUUUAAAAAAAAAAAAGUCUUGUUUCAGAGAGCUUCAGAAUCAUGGGAUUCUUUAGGUUGGAAAAGACCUCUGAGGUCAAGUUCAACCAUGAACCCAGCGCUGCCAAACCCACCAUUAAAUCAUGUCCCCAAGGGUCACACCUAUGUGACUUUUAAAUACCCCCAGGGACUUCAUGGUGACUCCACCACAGCCCUGGGCAGCCUGUUCCAAUGGUUGAUGACUCUUUUGGUGAGGGAAUUGUUCCUAAUAUCCAAUCUAAAUCCCCCUAGCACAAGUUGAGGCCAUUUCCUUUUGUCCUGUUGUUGCUUGUUACAUGAGAAAAGAGCCUGACCCCAUCUGGCUGUCCCCUCCUGUCAGGAGCUGUGCAGAGCCAGAAGGUUCCCCCUGAGCCUCUUUUUCUCCAGGCUGAGCCCCUUUCCCAGCUCCCUCAGCUGCUCCUCCUCAGACCUGUGCUCCAGAGCCUUCCCCAGCUCCUCUCCCUUCCCUGGGCACGCUCCAGCCCCUCAAUGUCCUUCCCGCACUGAGGGGCCCAAAGUGGGACAGUGCAUCUGGGGGUUCAGUGGUCACUGUAAAACACUGGAAGGGUGACGCAGACUCUUCCUUCAGUGAAGUCUCUGAGCUUCCUCAGACCUGCAGCAGCCUUUCCUGUGGGUCACAUUUUAAGGUGACCAUCUUGUGCUGUUUUUCAAGGAUGCUGUGGCACCUCCUGUUUGAAAUGGACCUUCCACCUCCACAGAUGAUACUUGUAAUCUGACCUGAUUGUUUUCCCUCCUAGUCCUAGCAGUGGCUCUUGUCUUCAGUGGAUUUGAGCAGCGAGAAGAAAAGGAGAGAUGCAGAGAGAUGCUGGUUUGAGGGGAGCUGAAGAGCCUGGCCAGCUCAGAGCAUGGACAGCCCUGUCUGGGAGCACAACCACAGGAAGCAUUAUGAAAACCAGAAGAGAAAAGGCCCUGAACCUGCUGUCAGGAGAAGGAAACCAUCAGUGUUGCUGCAGCCCUUGGAGGAAACAGGCUGAAACACGAAGCUUGUUUCUCACCUUCCUGAAAACUGCUGUGAGGAGAGUUUGUCCUUGUUUGCCAUUUCAGUGCUUCAAUUCUUUCUCCUUUUCUUCUUUUCUUGUUUUCUUUCUUUUUUUUUUUUUGGCAGUGCAAUGAGGAGCUGUACAGUACAUGGAGCUGUUCUAAAAUUAUUUAAUUUUUCAUGUGGUGUACAAAUGUUGAGCAUUAUCUAGCUGAUUUUGGUUGUCUUUUGGGCAAAGCUGAUUCUAUUUGUUGCUACUGUAUUCAUCAUUUCCAUUUGUCCUCCCAGAGUGAUGGACAACUCUGUUUCUGCAUUGCAGGAACACUGUUCUCUCCCUCCCAAUAUUUGUUGUCUCCAUCUCAGUACUUGUACUUGUGUGUCAGAGGAAUUGUACAAAGCCCUUUUCUGAUCUGCCAGGUCAGAAUUUUCAUUCUUUUUCCUGCCCUGCAAGACAAUGACAGAGAUGAACAAGAGAGAGGACUCUGCAAAUAAUCAGUUUCCCCCUUUAGAUGUGGGAAAGCAAGCAGAGCUGAAUCAAAUGAUGCAGAUCUCCUGUGCAAUGUCCUAGCAAAGGAGAUUAUUUCUGCACGUGAGAUGGGGUGUCUGGACAGAAAAUCUGUCCUUGUUCUGAGAAACCUUUUCCAAUGAGGGCCUUGAUAGAAGCAUUAUCAGGAUCAAUUGAUGGUUUCAAAUGAAAAUAAAGUUGAAAUUUUGUCAUUGUUUCUAACAAGUGAUACUUAUCCUUCUCUACCAAAAAUGUAGAUAAAUGCCCCGUAGUACUACCUCAACUCAAAAAUCACUUAAACCCAUGUGACUUCACA